GAUGGCGAGAAGAGGUGCAGCUUUGGCCGAUAUUAAAACCAAUGAAGAGUUGAACGAGCUUCUCAAAACGAAAUGCGUUCAUUUGCUAAAUGUAUACGACGGAUUUUUUGGCCCAUGCAAUGCCAUCGCAACGAAUCUGCGCGAUUUUAAAAUGGUGCAUGCUGGUGACGAUCUUCAAGUAACAAGUGUAAACGCGGAUCAAAUUGAUGUUUUCAGGCGAUUUCGACACAAAAGUGAACCAGCCUACUUGAUUGUUUUAGAUGGUCGCAUAAUCAAUUCGUACUAUGGCACAAAUGUAACUGAGCUUCUUAGUAUACUGAAGGAGGAAAUUGCUCUAUUUAAAUCAGGUGCGCAAACUGGACGACAGACAUUCGAACUACGUGAAAUGAGUGCACUCGAGGGCCAGCGCUUCAGAACCAAACGAGACGAAAUGAUUUUCAAUAGGAAACAAGAUCAAAUGAAAAAGGCUCAACUCGUUCACGAUUAUCGAAUGAGCGUAACCGAUAGCAUAAUGGAUAAUGUGGCCGAUGUUGGUGUCACAGUGUUUAUGCCACAUGUUUUAGAUGAUAAAUUGCUUGGGAACCUGAUCGAGCCAUCGACACAGAGCAAUAUGGCUAUGAAAACCAAUGUGACCACGAAAAUCACAAGAGAAGACUUGGAAAUGAUUAAUUUUGACACCCAAAAUAUGUCACCAGUUCUAUUCAACCACAUCAGAGAUAGGGAGGUUUUGAUUAUAGCCUGGAAGAUGGCUUCAGGGGAGUUACGUCCGAUUGAUGAGAUGUUUGCUGAAUUUGCAAAGUCAUUAAGAGUGGAAGCCGAAUUUGAAAAGGCAAAAGACAAGAAGGCAAGAAAGGGAAAGAAAGGAAAGAAACCGAAAGAGGCCAAAACGAAGAAGGAAGCCGAAGUCAAAGUCGAAGAAGUGCAAGUUGAAGAGGGAGAACAAGAAGCGCUACCAUUUAAACUUCCAAUGUUACCAGUUCCCUUGAUGGAUUUGAAACGAGCAAAAGCCGACCCAAUUCAAAUUGAGCCGAUUGAUUUGCAGUUCAUCGAAUCGGACCAAGAUAUAAUAAAGUUACUCAGCGAAAGUAUAAUGGUGUAUACUGAAGAACGCAUUACCAAAAUGCAUAACAAAUGUAUCAAAGAGGCGCUCGUUGAAGUGAUUGAAAACACGAAACCAGAAGAAGUAGAAGGAGAGCAGAAGAAGCCAAAUAAGAAGAAAAAGGUAGCCUCAAAGGCGUCCAAAUCGUCAGCUAGAGGUGAAGUUAUUUUUGAUCCAAAGGAUAAAGAAACAGCACAUGUUUGUCCAGUUUGGACUCCACCGACGCCAAGAUCCCAUGCAUCAAUCCUUUAUCUAUACUUUCGAAGGCUCCUUAGCUUCUUUCUGCCAAUGGAUCCACCAGGCGCCGAUCGUUAUGUUAUUGUUGUUUUUCCCGCAUCAAGACAUGAGGAAAUUUUGGACUUUAUGAAGGAUCAUCUCGAAUAUCACAAGGAAAUACUGGCUCAUGGGCUGUUCAGAGGCUUUGUUGAUGGUGAAAAUUAUGAAAAUACGGUACUCGUAUGCAAAACGGGAAUAGAGUAUCGCAUGGGCAUCAUGGAACCUGAAGACAAAUUUAUAUUGAAAGUAAUUGCGAAUACUGAAGCUUUGUUGGCACUUGUUGAACUGGAACCGGAGUUUGUGAGCCAAAACGAGCUCGAUGGCCGAGAUGAGUGCGAUGUCAUAUUCCCGUUGGGCUAUAUCAGUAUUUCUGAGGAAGAAGCUGAAGCCGAGAUGAAAUUCGAGGGGCUAUUGGAGGAUGACGAAGGUGAAGAAGGCAUAGGUGCAGAGGAAGGUGAACAGGAUGGCGAGAGCAAAGCUAACGACGAAGUCGAAAGCAAAGCUGACGAAAUUGAAAGCACAGCACCAACGGAAAAUGGGGAGAAAGAUGUAGAAGAAAAUGUUGAAAAAGAUGUGGAAGGAUCAGAGGUUGGCGAAGCACCAAGUGUUAGCGCUAAAAGUAUUGAAAACAAUACCACUGAAAAAAGUAAUGCCGAAUAAAUCAAAUUGAGAUGUG